AUGUCCUCCUGGUAUUCCAACAUCCUCACCACCACCACUUCUCGCAUCUCCAACCUCCGAUCGCUCCUCGGCGGCGAGGCCGACGGCGACACCGAAGACGACACCCACGUCUGCCGCGUCCUGCGCGCCUACUACAUUGAGACUGCCCGCAGUUUCCCCCAGUGGCUGCCCCCCGACCCAAAGGCUCCUCCGCCCGUCGUCGCCACACCGCCACCGGGAUACGGCCAGCCACCCAUCGGCUCGCGCUACGGCGCUGGCCUCGCUGCCAACGGCUCUACACCGGCCGGCGGCCUCAGCUCCCUCUGGGACAACAACAACAACGGCUCCGCCAGCGCGCCUCCGACUGCUUCCUUGCGCCAGCCCCGACUCAGCCCGGCUGCUGGCCAGGACCAUUCCCUGAACUCUCGUCCGCUUCCCAGUCAGCGUCUCGGCAGCUACCAGAGCACCCAAAGCGCUCCUGCCAACACCGGCUCUGCCCAGGGCAAGCUGCGGAACCUCUUUGGCGGCGGUGCUGGCGCUUCUCCGGCCUCCAGCCGCACAAACAGCCCGGCCCCCAUGCAAGGUGGCGGCGGCCUCGGUGGUCCUCCAUCCCAUGGCCAGAACGCUAGAUACAACGCUGCUGGCUCCGCUGGCGGCAACGCUCCCUGGGCCAGCAACGACCACCAGGUUGGACAGCCCGGAGGCCGUCGGCGACCUGUUGGCACUGGCCUUCCCAGUGGCCCUCGGAUGAGAUGA